AUGCCUCCUGGCAUUUGGUUGCUUCAUUGCAAUAGCAUCUCUCUCUUUUUAUCGCCCACUAUCUCUCUCUCUCUCGCUCUCUCUCUUUCUCUCUCUCCCGGCACAAUUGCCCGCGCGCAUACAACCACGCCAACUCACGCAAAUGUACAUAAACACACGCACACAAACAAAUGCCAUGUCGCACAGACACAUAACUAUGGCUACAAAACUACGAACACAAACAAUUAUGCAGGCUUUUUUCUUCUAUACUAUGUCUGUCUUUCUAUUGGGAUUCAUUCGACAUCUCUCUCUCUCUCUCUCUGUCUUUCUCUUUCUUUCUUCAUUUUUUCCUAUCGAUAUGCACAUAUUCAAAUAUCUCUGGAUCCUCACUCUCUCUCUCUGUUCAUGUGUACGAUGGCCUAUAGGUAUCUAUCUAUCUAUCUAUCUAUCUAUCUAUCUAUCUAUCUAUCUAUCUUAUUCUGUUCAUUAUCUAUCUAUCUAUCUAUCUAUCUAUCUAUCUAUCUAUCUAUCUAUCUAUCUAUCUAUCUAUCUAUCUAUCUAUCUCAGUCUUCACUUCAUCUAUCUAUCUAUCUAUCUAUCUAUCUAUCUAUCUAUCUAUCUAUCUAUCUAUCUAUCUAUUCUGUUCAUAUUUAUCUAUCUAUCUAUCUAUUCAUCUAUCUAUCUAUCUCAUAUCUAUUAUAUCUAAUUCAUUCUGUUCAUCUAUCUAGUCUAUCAUCUAUCUAUCUAUCUAUCUAUCUAUCUAUCUAUCUAUCUAUCUAUCUAUCUAUCUAUUCUAUCUAUCUAUCUAUCUAUCUAUCUAUCUCAAAUAUAUAUUUCAUCUCUUCCAUUUUCUAUCUAUCUCUCUCUAUCUAUCUCUCUCUCUCUCUAUCUCUCUCUCUAUUAUAUAUAUAUAUAUAUGAAAUAUUGUUUAUAUCUUUCUCAUAUCAUUUCUAUCUAUAUUAUCUAUCUAUCAUCUAUCUAAAGAUGGAUCUAUCUAUCUAUCUAUCUAUCUAUCUAUCUAUCUAUCUAUCUAUCUAUAUCAAUCUGUUAAUUAUCUAUCUAUCUAUCUAA